AUCGAUCGUCGUCCCCGUUGUUGAUCGCGUUGUUGAUCACUCGAAGCGCUACACUAACAGAGGGGCAUGCGCCUUUAGCUUCCUAUUCGGAACAUAUCUACUGUCGUUUGAUACGAAAUCGUCCUCGAGAACGUGAUAUCAUGAAGAUCACUACGAUACAGGCCGCCUUGGGGUCGGCAAUCCUUCUUUUGAAUGCGCAGUCAUGCGCCGCCACUACUGGACAUCGGCACCACCAUCUUCAUCUUGAAAAGAAGCAUAACCAUAUCCAUAGCCAUGGUCAUGGUUCAGCUCACUCGAACGUCACCAACCCGAAGUAUAGCGUCCGGGAUAACUCACAACUUUCAUCGCGAGAUGGCAAGAAGACAUGCAAGUUCCCAAGCGACAAGGGCUUGGUUGCUGUCACUCCGUCGGGACAAAAUGGUGGAUGGGCAAUGGCCCCUGAUCAGAAGUGCGUAUCGGGCACGUGGUGUCCCUUUGCUUGCCCUUCUGGUCAAGUCAUGGCGCAAUGGAAACCAGGCACGACUUAUGCCUAUCCCGAAUCCACUUACGGUGGUAUCUACUGCAAUGACGAUGGCGAAAUUGAGGUUCCUUUCAAGGAUAAGGACUGGUGUGUUGAUGGGACUGGUGCAGUGACAGCUGUGAACAAGGCUGGAAAAGUUGUGUCUUUUUGCCAAACCUGCCUGCCAGGUUAUGAAGACAUGAUCAUUCCCAACGAUGUCACUGGCACUAUUACACUAGCUGUUCCGGGUACGUCUUAUUGGGACGAAACCGCAGCUCAUUACUACAUCAAUGCUCCUGGUAUUGAUGCUAACCAAGGAUGUCAUUGGGGAGAUGAAUCCAAACCGAUUGGCAAUUGGUCACCCUUUGUUGCCGGAGCAAAUACCGUCGCCGACGGGUCGACAUAUGUUAAGCUUGGAAUCAACCCAGUGUGGCAAAGCUCCUCGCUCUCUGGUACCAAACCAACAUUUGGCUUAAAGGUCGAAUGCCCGGAAGGAGGUUGCAAUGGAUCUAAAUGCCGUGUUGACGGAACUGGCGUCACGAGCGACAACAAGGCAUCUGGUGCUGGCGGCGGGGACUUUUGCGUUGUUACAGUCCCUAGUGGAGGCAAAGCUAACAUCGUCGUCUAUAAUUUGGAUGGAUCUGGAGGGGACUCUUCAUCUUCUAGCUCCUCCCUAAUUGCGCCCCCAACUUCGUUGACCCAAGCUCCCACCUCGAUUAGCGUAUCUUCUUUAACAUCCAUACCGUCGGUAACCUCAAUUUCCUCGACUCCCUCGUUGUCGACGCCAAUCUUAACUAGCUCGUCGGCUCAUUCGACAAGCAGCAACCUUGCUACCACUGCUUACUCAUUGUCUUCGAGACAAACAAGCCCUACACCCACCCCGAAUUAUGGCGGAGUUUUCCAGGAAAAUGGAACAUCGACCUUGAGCUUUUCCUCAUCCAAUCCUUCCUCGACCUCCUUAGCUGGCUCCAGCUCCAGCUCUACCAGCGGGGAGGAGUCUGCAUCAAGCGAAACGAACAAGAAUGAAGGCGCGGGCCAGCGACAAGGUGGUGCUGCUAUGGCAGGCCUUGUCGUUGCUUUUGUGGCUGCUACUUACCUACUUUAAGGUAGUUGAGUAGCCACGAGUACCAAGUAUGCCAACGCGAAUUUAUCUCAUUUCAGCAAUAUAUUUAAUUUUUAUUUGGGGGUCUCGCAUGCUUUGGUCACCGCUGGGAAUAGCGACUCCCUUUACCGAGACGACGACGUCUCUAUCACUGCCGGCAUUGUCGAUUUAUAUGUUGCCAUCCCGGAACGGCAAUAUGAAUACUAAUUUACGUACAUAUUACAGCUUGGGGAGCUCGUAUAUC